GCGUGUGCCAAGAUGCUAAUAUAACAAGAAAAACAUACGUGUCAAUAUAAGUAAUUUCACCUCAAAACUAACCAGGUUUUACAGGUGCAGAUGAGAUAAACUUCAGCUGCCCGUUAAUUUUGGGAUAGCCUCGGCCACUUGUCAGCCCGCUAUGAGUUUGAAAGCAACAAAUAUUGUAGUUAAACGUACGAUCGUCAGAUUGACUGAUUUGAGUAGAUUUGUUAGCACGAUUAAUUAUUUCUCAUCCAGUGUAAAACAAAGGAGGAUCAAGGAAGAGAGUGUGCAUGUGUGCUCAUUGAUUAUCAGUGUAAAUGACACUGGUGAGAGAGAGAAGGCACCAACAAGCAUUAAGGCUCUCCCCACCGCCACCGGAUGUUACUCCGGUAGCAGCUGAUCAUUUCAGGCAGCAGAGGACUACUACUCCUACUUCUACUCCUGACUCUCCAGCCAAUGUUGAAAACCUCUCUGACCUUGAGAAACUGGAAGUUCUUGGACAUGGCAAUGGCGGCACUGUUUAUAAAGUGUGUCACAAGAAAACCUCAACCAUUUACGCGUUGAAAGUCCUCCGGUUCGACCACAAUGGCACCGGUAUCUUGCAACAAGCGGUGCGUGAGGCGGAGAUCCUUAAGCUAGUGGACUCGCCCUAUGUCAUUAGAUGCCAUGGGGUUUUUGACAAUAAUGGCUUCAUGAGUAGUACUAGUGAUCACAAUGAUGGUGGGGGUGAUUUGUGUUUUGUGAUGGAGUAUAUGGAAGGAGGCUCACUGCUCGAUGUGUUGCGAGCACGCAAGAGAUUGCCUGAGCACGUAAUCUCUAGCGUGGCAAAGUGUGUCCUUCAAGGACUGCGCUAUCUGCAUGCCAUGCAGAUAGUGCAUAGGGACAUCAAGCCCUCAAACCUGCUCAUAAAUGGUAGAGCCCAAGUGAAAAUUGCAGAUUUCGGGGUGAGCCAUGUUGUGGCAGGUGCCCGUGAGGCGUGCGACUCCUACAUGGGCACCUACGCGUACAUGAGCCCUGAAAGGUUUGAUCCAGAGCGGUGGGGCGGUGAUAAUGCGGAUGGGUUUGCCGGUGAUGUGUGGUCACUUGGAUUGGUGGCGUUGCAAUGUCACAUGGGUCGUUUCCCACUGAUUACUCCUGAGCAGAAACCAGAUUGGGCAACUUUAAUGUGUGUGAUAUGCUUUGGAGAGGGGGUGGAGAUGCCGGAAACGGCAUCCCCGGAGUUUCAGAAUUUCAUUUGGAGAUGUGUGGAGAAGGAUUGGAGGAAGAGAGCAACUGUUGAUGAGCUCCUUGACCACCCUUUUGUCAAUAAAACUUGCUGCUCUUCCACUGAAGACUUGGUUGAUUAUGUUUAAUUGCUUUGCUUGCUUUAUUAGUUCCUGUCCUUCUUAUUCUUCUUUUCUUCUCUUCUCUUUUUCUU